AACAUCACCAACUCCACCAUCCAAUCUCAGUACAAUUCCAACAAUUUCCAGUACCAGGGCGUAGCCAUCGGAGGCUGGCUUGUGCUUGAGCCAUAUAUAACGCCGUCCUUAUUUCUUGCCUUUAACCAAACGGCGAACACCACAGAGAAGGAUAUUCCCGUGGACGAAUAUCACUAUUGUAAGAAAUUGGGCUACGAGGAAGCUGAGAAAAGACUAACUCAGCAUUGGGACACGUUCUACACCGAGAACGACUUUGCCGACAUCAAGAAUGCCGGCUUGAACAUGGUGCGGAUCCCCAUUGGAUAUUGGGCUUUCCAGAAACUCGAUGGCGACCCAUAUGUUCUGGGAGCCCAGGACUACUUGGACAAGGCCCUAGAAUGGGCCAAAAACAACGAUCUUAAAGUAUGGAUCGAUUUGCAUGGAGUUCCGGGGUCACAAAAUGGAUUUGACAAUUCUGGAUUUAGAGAUAUCGGAUACCCUGGCUGGUUCAACAGUACAGAAAACGUGAACUUGACAAAACAAGUUCUUCACCAAAUUUACCACAAAUAUGGUACUGGAGAGAACGCCAUAAAUUAUAGGGACACCAUUCUCGGUAUUGAAGUCGUUAACGAACCCUUCACUCCAAAGUUGUCGAUGUCAAGGUUGCAAAGUUUCUAUAUAGACACCUACAUUGACUCCAGAAAAACACAGACUCUCAACAAUACAAUCGUCAUUCAUGAUGGGUUUGAGGGGAUUGGCUAUUGGAACGAUUUCCUUGCUGGUGGAAAAGUUUAUUCCAACAGUAGCUAUCUCAACACUGUUGCUUCAGCAGAAGUUUUUAACGUGUUGAUUGAUCACCACCAUUAUGAGGUGUUUGCCUCUUCAGUUGCUUCGAACAUCACGACACAUUUGCUGAAUAUUCGAGGAUACAGUCAAUCUAUCAAGGACGAGUUAAAGUAUCAUCCGGCUGUAGUAGGCGAGUGGUCAGCAGCCUUGACUGACUGUACACCUUGGCUCAAUGGAGUCGGCCUAGGAGCUCGAUACGCAGGAGAAGCACCCUAUGAUAACACUACCAAGGUGGGAAAAUGUGACAACAUCAACAAUUUCGACAAAUGGACCAAACAGCAGAAGAAAAAUACCCGGAAAUUUAUUGAGAUACAAUUAGAUCAGUACUCUCGUUAUUCGAACGGGUGGAUUUUCUGGUGUUGGAAGACUGAAACCACCAUCGAAUGGGAUUUCAAAAAGCUUGUAGAGUUGGACUUGAUGCCCCAACCGCUUAACAAUUUUACGUAUAUCGUAAAUGGAACAGAUACAGAUCCUGAUAGUGGAGCUUCUCUUGCAAGGCUCAGUUUGUUUAUCCCAGUGGCACUGGUCUUGAUGUUCGUUGCUUUUUUUUAA